AUGUCAUCUGAGGUGCAAGCAAGACCAGCUGCCUCGCGCGGCCGAGGCGCUGGUCGCGGCGGCAGAGGAGGUUUCUCGAGCCGAGGAGGAGCGCGCAUUCAAAACAGAUCCGCCACCAACGGCGACGAUUCUCUUGCCGCUCUCAACGAGGACGAGGGCGAAAUUGGCCAGCUCAAGAAGCUACACGGCGACAAGAUUGGUCUGAUCAAGGAAAUGUUCCCCGACUGGUCAGACGUCGAUAUUCUUUUCGCUCUCCAAGAGACUGAUGGCGAUGUGAGCAUCGCAGUCACUCGCAUUGCCGAAGGUAAGCAGAGCUCCGAAUUCCUCCACUUCACUCGCACUGGGCCUUUGUCAAUUGCCAAAAGCUCAAUCGCAUCGCCCAAUUGCACUCUCGCCGCGUAUAUGCUGUCUCGUUGUGGAUUGAAGCUGACUGACUUGUUUCCGUCUCGUUCAGGCACCAUCUCCCAGUGGGGCGAAGUCUCGAAGCCCAAGAAGGACCGCACCCGGCCCAAGCCCAAGGAGAACACUUUCACCACAACUACGGGCGAUUCUGCGCCGGCCAGAAAUGCUCGAGGCGGACGCGGUGGCGUCGAGGGCGGCCGAGGCCGUGGCAGGGCCACUGAACGCGGCGGCCGCGCCGCUCGCGGCAAAUCUGCCCACGCUACCACCAAUGGUGCCCGACCCGAGAAGCCUCUCUCCGUUCCUACCGACGAGUCGUCCGCCUGGGACGCCCACAAGGCCAGCGAUGAGACUGGUGCCUGGGGUUCCUCCGAUGCGACUGCCGCUGCCCCCUCCGAAUCCGCAACCAAGAACACCUCCACCACUGCUGCCCCGGCGGCUGCCAAGUCCAACCCCGAUACUGCUCCCGCCGCUCCUGCUCAGAAGACCUGGGCAAGCAUGCUCCGACAGUCGACCGUCCCCAAGGCUGCUCCCAAGCCCAAGCCUGCCCCUGCGCCCAAGCCCGAGGAGACCAUCGAGCCGUUGCCGCCCGUCGCCGAGCCUGAGGCUCCCGAACCCGAAGCGCCCGCCGAGGAUGUUGCCGAGCCCAAGAAGGAAGCUGCCCCUGCACAAGAAAUUCCAACGGUAGUCGUACCCGAAGUUGCUUUACCGCCUUCCAAGGAUCAACUUACCGAGACAAACCUCGAACAGAUUGUCGAUUCGUCGCACCCGCCUGACACGGAGACGGCGCGCAGCGAGGCUGCCGACUCUUGGGACCCCAGGCUUGCCGCAGCUAGCGCAACCGCCACUCCUCUGUCUGCUUCCCAGCAGCAGCACCAGAACGCUCGUGCCGCCGCGAGUGGCUACGCUGCCACCGCCCUCAAGGCCACCGAACGCACUGCUACCCGCACCCCGAGCCACUCCCGCCGGGUUCUUGAUCAGGAGGAGGCUGUCCGCAUGCCUGGCAACCGCGAUGUUGACCGGACAACUGUGCAGUUUGGCGCGCUGAGCUUUAGUGGUGCGGAUGAGGACAUCGACGGCGACAGGGAGGACCCCGAGACACGAGGCCAGCCCCCGGUCGAGUCUCCUGUCAGCCACCCGCGGGCCUCGCUUCCUCCGGUGCCUCAGCCUGCAUCGGUUCCCGAGGCAUUCCCCGCCCAGAAGCCCGUCACUUCCCUCCCAACUCCUCAGGGACCGACCGGUACACUUCGGCCCGAAGCCCCGAUCUCACAGCCUGUUGUCGCUGACGUAUCUGUAGCCGCUCCCGUAGCUGCCCCACAGCAGCCCGCUGUCGCUUCGCAAGCCCCGCAAGCCCCAGCUCAGCAAUAUGGUCGCUUUGGCCCGGCCAGCUCGCAGGAGCCGAGCUCUUACUCUCAGGAGCCGUUCGAUUCGUUCAACCAGCCCACGAACACCUCAUCGACUCAAUCUCAGUACGACGGCUUCCAGAACCAGCAGCAGGCGCAGGCCCAGAGCCAACAGCCCGGUGGUGCUUUCAGCUCUGCCCCUAGCGAUUACUCGUCCUAUUACACCGCUGAUGCCCAGAACCGCGGCCCCUACAACUACUAUAACCAUAGCCAGAAUUAUGGCCAGCAGCAGAGCGGUCAGGGACAGCAGGAGGGUGUUUCUCAGCAACAGCGCGCAUACGGCGGAUAUGGCGGCCCGCAGGCUGAUAACCUCAGCCAGUACCCCCAGAGCGCUGCCUCGCGAUACGGCUCGGGCUCGGCUGCCGACACGCAGAACAGCGGCAAUACUACUCCCAACCCUGCCGCUCAGGCUCAGCAGCAGGCUGGCCCCGGUGCCGGCCAGUCUCAGUCGCACGCGCAGCAGCAGCAGCAGCCGCAUGGCAGCCAGUACCCUUACAACCACCCCUACUACCAGAGCCCUUACUAUGCGGCUUAUAUGAAUCAGUAUCCCGGCUACGGCCAGGGCGCUUUCGGAGGACCCUACGGCGGCAAGGGUGGCUAUGGCCAGCAGCACCCGUACAUGUCGCCCCAGGGCCCUCAUGACCACUCGUCCUCCCAGGGAUCUGGAUUUGGCCAGUCGUCGCUCAACAGGGGCGAUAGCGGUCUGGGCUCGGGACUCGGCGACUAUGGACGCGUCGGCUCCUCGCAGUCUGGAACCCAGUCUGGUUUCGGAGGCAGCGGCUUCGGCGGAUCCCACGACUCUUUCAGCCGUGGUGCUUCCUCUUACCAGUCACAGUCCGGACAGGGCUACAAUGCUCAGUCCUCUCAGCCUGGCAGCGGUCCCGCUGGCAGCGACGACCUCAAGCCCUUUGGCGAGUCCAAGGCCACGGGCGGCCCGAGCCCCUCGCUCGGCGGCGCGCGUCCCGGUUCGGCUACCAACACGACGCCUUCUCAGUCUGGACUGCCCGCAACGCAGUCCAACCAGCAGGGUGGCAUGGGCAUGGGAGGCUACGGUGGCAACUACCCUGCCCACCUGCAGCAGGGCGGCCACGGUCUCCACGGAGGGCAGUCUGGCAGCGCCGGUUACGGCAUGAGCGGCGGCGCCGGCCAGGGCCAUGCCAGCAACCCGUACGGCGGGGCCUAUGGCGGCCAGGGCUUCGGCGGCAGCUUCUACGGCAACCAGCCUCGCGGCUGGGGCGGUAACUACCAUUAG